AUGGAGCUUCAAAGUUCCAUUUCUUGGGGAUUUUGGUCAUCGAUCUCAAUGGACAUUCUGAUUCUGCUUGUAGUUCUCGCUGCCAUCAACAAUUCUGCAGUAAAUCAUGCCUUAGCCACCAAUCGACUUCAAAAUGAAACUGAUAGACUCGCUCUGCUGGAGUUCAAGAGUCAGAUAUCUGAUGAUCCACAUGCUGUCUUGAACUCGUGGAACCAAACACGACACCAUUGCCGAUGGCCGGGGAUCACAUGUGAUAGUCGACAUCAGAGGGUCACAGCCAUAACUCUAACAGGCUGGGGUUUGUCUGGAACCAUAUCUCCUCAUAUAGGAAAUCUCAGCUUCAUGAAAUCCAUCCAUCUGGAGGAAAAUCAGUUCCAUGGUGAAAUUCCACAAGAGGUUGGUCAUCUGUUCCGUCUAAGGUUUCUUAACCUAUCAUAUAACCUCCUGAGCGGAGAGAUCCCUGUUAGUCUAUGCAACUGCUCAAAUAUGUUAAGCCUUACGCUUACGAGCAACAAACUUGAAGGCAAAGUUCCAAUUGAGCUAAGCAAAUUGAAGAAGCUUGAAAAUCUUUAUCUUUCUAAGAACAAUUUGACAGGAGAGAUUCCUUCCUCCCUCGGAAAUCUUUCGAUCCCUGCAUCUGUUUAUAACAUAUCAUCUCUCCAUGUCUUUUCAAUACCAGUUAAUUCUUUUCAUGGCAACCUUCCAACCGACGUAGGUCUCACCCUACCAAAUCUGCAAGUCCUACAAAUUGGGACGAACGACUUCAAUGGCAAUAUUCCACUUUCCAUCACCAAUGCUUCUAGGCUUGAGCAACUUGACCUUGAUAACAAUAAGCUUGAAGGGCAAGUUCCCAGUAAUUUAGGAGAUCUAUCAAACCUUCAAUUAAUAGAACUUUCUGGAAAUUGGUUAGGAAGAAAUUCUACAGGAGACUUGAAUUUCAUUGGAUCAUUGACAAACAAUAGCAAUCUAUAUACGAUUUUCUUAGAUGAAAACAAUUUUGGUGGUGAGUUACCUAAGUCCGUGGCAAACCUCACACAUGGACUCACUGAAUUAGGCAUUGAAGGAAAUCAAUUAUGGGGAACUAUCCCAGAAGGACUUGGAAAUCUUGUCAAUCUAAUUGUCUUUGACAUGUCGUGGAAUUCUCUUUCAGGAGUCAUACCAAGUGACUUUGGUAAAUUUCAAAACUUGCAAUAUUUGGGUCUAGAACGAAACAGGUUGUCAGGAGAAAUUUUGUCAAACUUAUGUAAUUCUAGCUCUCUGUACCAUCUGGGCUUAGCAGACAAUCUUUUUGAAGGCAGCGAUGUAUUUAGCAGUAUUCUCAUGAACUGUGGAAAUCUGCAAUAUCUGGACGUAUCUAUAAAUAAUCUUAGUGGUGUUAUAUCACCAGAGUUUUUUGAGAUGCACACCUUGCUAUUAUAUCUGGGUUUGAGACAGAACACAUUCAGUGGUUCUAUACCUCUGGAAGUAGGAAAGCUGAUGCACAUGGUAAAUUUCACUGUCGCCUACAACAGAUUUUCUGGAGAAAUACCCCCAUCGCUUGCUGAUUGUUUGGAUUUAGAGACUCAUGAAAUGCAGGCCAACUUUUUCGAAGGGACGAUUCCCUCAAAAUUGGCUUCUCUGAAAGCCAUCCAAGUAUUAGACCUUUCAUUUAACAACUUGGCUGGACAAAUACCAAGAGACCUUGAGAAACUUCAGCCGUUGAGGUAUCUGAACCUUUCUUAUAAUGACCUUUAUGGGAAGAUACCAACAACCGGAAUAUUUGGGAAUGCAAGCCUAAUAGUUUUGAUGGGAAACAACGAACUUUGUGGAGGCAUUACUGAAUUGCGUUUCCCGCCUUGUCCAUUGAUCAUGGGAAAGAAAAAGGAAAAGCAUAAGAUCAUUGUUCUAUUAUCCACAGUUUUACCAGUAACAUUCUUGGCUCUUGGUAUAAUAUUGUUGUUCUAUUUGGGGGUAUACCAAAAAAGAUAUCGAAGAGAAGCCAGCUCAUCUUUUGUGCUCCCAACAGUCGAUAAGCUGUUAAGAGUUUCUUACCAUGAACUCCAUCGUGCUACUUUGGGAUUUUCUCCAGAAAACUUGAUCGGAUCAGGAAGUUUUGGGAUUGUUUACAAAGGCAGGCUAGAUCAACACGGAGAUAGGCUUGUUGCAGUUAAAGUUCUUGACCUUAAGAAGAAUGGGGCUUCUAAGAGCUUCAAGGCUGAGUGCAAAGCACUAAGAAACAUCCGCCAUCGAAAUUUAGUCUCCAUCUUAAGUUAUUGCUCCAGCGUUGAUUCCAAAGGUCAUGAAUUCAAGGCUUUAGUUUACGAGUUCAUGGAAAAUGGAAAUCUUGACUUGUGGUUGCAUCCAGAAACAACUGAUCAAGCAACAACAUCCAGCUGCCUUAAUCUUUUUCGGAGGCUGAAUAUUGCAAUUGAUGUUGCUUCAGCGGUGCAUUAUCUUCACAACCAAUGUGAAACAACAAUUGUUCAUUGUCAUUUGAAGCCAAGCAACAUUCUUCUUGACAAUGACUUCGUUGCUCACGUGGGUGAUUUUGGAUUAGCAAGGCUUCUUCCUGAAACCAUCAGUACUUCUUCUGACCAGGGAACCAGCAGUGCUGUUGCAAUUAAAGGAUCAAUCGGAUAUGCAGCUCCAGAGUACGGGAUGGGUCUCCCUGCAUCAACUCAAGGCGAUGUGUAUAGCUAUGGGAUAUUUCUGCUGGAGAUGAUCACAAGAAGGAGGCCAACAGAUGAUAUAUUAACUGAUGGCCUAAAUCUUCAUAACUAUGUUAAUGUGGCUCUGCCUGAACAAGUUUGCAAGAUUGUGGACCCGUUACUUCUUUCAAAAGGAGGAGAUCAGUACAGAGAAAUGACUCCAGGAGAGGAAAAGAUUAAUGGCAGAAGAGAGAUGGAGUGGUACAUCAAGAAAAUCUUGAGGCUAACUGCUAAGAUGUGGCAUUCUUUGGAUUUGCAGCUGUAUGCAGAUCUGAAGCUCCAAAGUGAAACUGCUAGCUUGUGCACUCAUGAAGAGAUACAUGCUUAUGAAUUUUUGCUUUGA